UGUAAAGUUAACUGUUUCACCGCGUGACAUUGUUACAUGUUCCAGUAAAUUUAAUCUAGAUUUGGAAUACACUGGACGCUCAUCUGUCUAUCGAGGGAUGAUUGUGUUUAGACCAAGAUGGCUUCACGCUUCACUGGUUGUGUUAUCCUUUAUGGGAAUGUCUUGCAAUUUGACGAGUAACAAUGAAGCUAAAUAUAGACCGGGAAUUUCCGUUACCAACAUGGAGGAAGAUGAGACUGUGUUGAUCACAACACGAUUGAGCAGAACCGGAUCUCCGUUUACAGCCGAGUGGGUGGAGCGUGUUGACAAGGACCGGGGUAGGAGGGCGUCCUUCAACCAAACGACGUCCAAUUGGCCACACGAUAUACCUUACAUCAUCGAUUCAUCGUUCGCAGGCGACAGGGUGACGUUUAGAGAGGUGCUGGACCACAUCUCCAGUCGUCUGUGUGUGACGUUCCAUGACGUGGCUGACACGUAUGACCCCAGGGAGGUCAACUGGCUGACCAAUCACGGCUUUAAGACCAAUGCUUACGUCAGUGUCAAGGGGGGAUCUGGGUGCUCUGCUAUGCAUGGGAUGGGAACAAACCCAGGACCUAAAGUCGUCUAUCCUUGCGAGGAUUUUGGCAUCAACCUGCACGAGAUGUUGCACGUGCUUGGUGUCAUCCACACCCACCAGGGGCGGAUCCGUGACUCGUACAUGUCUAUCAAUGAGGCGGAUAUCAAAGACAGUCUAGUGGACGCCUACAGUAAGGUCACGGCCCCCACACUGAUCAACGACUUCUUUGACCCGGACUCUAUCAUGAUGUACGGAGAUAGGACUUGGAACCUUGACGGACUUGAAACAUACACCCCCAUCAGGGACGAUUUCUUCCAGCUAGCCAUAUCAUUCUCAGAGGAAAGUGUCGUAUUUCUAGAGCUCAACGCGAUAUACAGGUGUAACGAACUAUUCUGCAACAACGACCAGACGGACUGUGGCCCAGGCUACCACACGUUGAUCAAUGGACGGUGUCGCUGUGUCUGUCCAGAUGAGUUGGAUUACAACACCAAUUGUAGGACACACAUUGAUGGACCUAACACCGACAUCCCCUGGCCUGACACGCAAAUAAUCCUCUACGGCACCGCCAAAUGCCCGACUGGUUUCGAUCCCGAGCCAGCGAUUCUGCCUCUAUCGGGCACCUAUAGACUAACACAGCAGUUUGUCCCUGAACGGUACCCCUACGUAAACGGCUCGACCAACUUGUAUCUGUGUAAAAAGUCAACUCCAGUCAACUCAGAUGACGUCAACUGGAAAUCUUGGCCCAGGGGAGGCCAAUACUGCUUUGUCAAACCUCUGGGACAAGAUUGUGGGGGAGUGUUUGAGAACGGAGCCAUCCAGUUUGAAACUUUGAAUAUUAGCGAGCCUGUAGGAGACGUGGGUAACGUGACGGUAGACGGCAGGAUGGUGACCAUUAACUACUGCUGUAGAAACAGGGAUCAUUGGGGGCUCGUCAUGGAUCUGCCCAACGCGGAUCCGUUUAAUUUGGUGGCUAGAUAUCAGAGGUGUCCUGUAGUUAGAGGUAUGAAGGGCACCAACUCCCAGCUCACCUUCUGGACGAGUAGUUCCCGUUCUUUUGGUCCCAACCCACCUUUGAGCUUCUUCUACGCCCAGAAUUUCAUUCAUUACCAAUGUAACUAUAAGCCUCCCGUGUAUGGUUGUAGCGAGACGUACACACUUAACUCGACCACUCGAUCUGUCACCGUCACUACACCUGGGUUCGAAACCAGUAGAGAACCAAACAGAAGAUGCUUUUACAGUUUUAAUGUACCAGCCCAAUCCAGACUGAGGCUGACCUUGAACCAGUUUUACACAUCCAGUAAUGAUGAAUUUCUCAUUAAGCGUUUCCAUCAGUGGCAGAAUCCGUACAGCAUGACACGUGACAACCUGGUGUACCAGCUGGUCAGCGAGGGCAACUACCUUUCCCUUCAGUACUGGUCGUCUUGGGAGUCCGCCACCAACAAGGGAGUCAACUUCACCGUGGACGUGGUCCUGGCCGAGGAGAUGUGUUACGAUGUGGCGACAAAAGGGGCAGACUACUACGGUGAGAAAUCUGUUACAGAAACUUUCGAGCCUUGCGUCCCUUGGGAGAAAGCCACAUCUUGUGAUGACUUCCCCUUUGAUGGUUUAAACGGGAUUUCCCUGUUAGAAAGCGGAAGUAGCUGUAGAAACCCCGGCGGGUCCCUCCUUCAGCCUUGGUGUUAUACUUUUGUCAGGGGCAGCGUUUGUCAUAAACGUUAUUGUGACGUCUGCAAUAUUCAAUCACCAAAAGACGUACUCCUGACCUGCUCUACACUGAAUGCAACAGUCCCAGACUUCUGUGAAACUGCCGUGGAACGGUUCGCUUGUUUUCAGACUUGCGGCUUUUCACAGCAGAUUUAUACACCAGCCACAUGCAGCCCACCCAUCCUACCAUCUGAUGUGUACACCGCUGGAGGAUUGAAGAGUGUGUACAAGGAAGGGGAGGUCAUCAACGUCACUUGUACAACUUCCGGUUCUUUAGUCAACAUCAUCAGAUGUACCAAAACUGGAUGGUCGGGCCAAGCUCUUGCUUGUGACGUGUCAGACACCUGCUACGAUAAAAUCCCCAACUGCCAGAACGUCCUGACGUCAUUCCCAGAGUUCUGUACUGACCCCAGGUCUGCCACGUCUGGUGAGAUGUACUGCAAGAGGUCAUGUGGUCACUGUCCAGGAGACAACCAGUGCUCUGAUCCUGUAGGGAUAACUUACACUCGAACAUCUGAAUCAGCUGUCAUCUCCCCUGGUCAAUCAAUGACCUUCGAAUGUCAAGAUCAUUUGUAUCACGUGGGUGGUGACCUGCACAGGGCGUGUUCCACUUCCGGUACCUUGCUGGGAUCAGAGCCAGUGUGUCUGGCUACCCCAGUGCCUGUUGAUAUACAUCUUGAAAAAGUUAGGUCACGGAAGGCAACACUUAAGCAAAAUUUGGCAUUUUUAUUGGACGUGGAUGGCUACAGAAUUCCUUUUAAUGGUAAAGUCACCAGAUGGUAUUACUAUUGUCAGAAUUAUGGUUUAUUGAACUUUAUCGUUUUUAGAAGAUCUGGUACCACAUACACAUACGUGGGCUCAAACAGUGUGAGAUGCGAGCCAAAAUGGAGGAGGACAUACAAUGUACCUUUAGAUAACCAGAUUGAUGUUUUUGAGAACGACAUUUUUGGCGCCUUUUCUCACGUCUCCACGACGCUUAGCGUCACUGACUGUGACGACGCAGAAGUACAAAUCCUCUCAUUGCCAGCUAUGAACAUCUCUUCCACGGAUGACCUUAGGUCAGCGACAGGUGACAUAUUUCAAGGUCGUAAAUGUGCGGUACCCUCCCUCGGUCUUAGAGUAGAACCGUGAACAUGUUUGAUGUUUCUUCUCUUUGGUAAAUAAAAUUCG